GAUGAUAUUGUUAGAGAAUGCAGAGCAGUGUAUGCUGCUGUUCUCUUUAAAUUUAGUUAUGAUCUGUUAUGAGACUGGAGUUCUUAGUGUUAUGAGAAUUACCAGAAGGAUCUGUCCGUUAGACAGAUUCAGAUGCUACUAAAUGGCUUUCGAUGUACUGUAGUGUUUAAUCAACAGUUAUAAUAAUAUCUGCCAGCAUUUCUAACUUUUAAAAAGAAGAAACUAACGGGAACCAGAUGCGGAUAUUCUAUAUUUUCUAAAUGACGUGACAUAGAAGUGUGCAAACAUGGCAGACUUGGACAAACAACACAUUCGUGAUCUGAUUGCCCAAGGCAACAGGUUUGAGGCAAUGAACAUAUUUCUGCAAAGCAAGUUUGGAAAACCAUGUGCUACUGAGAGUGGUGUGAAGAUCAAGCGAGAGGCUGGGGAGCCCUCACUGAAGACUAAAAAGGGAAAAGAAAGCAACCAGGAAAAAGUGUCCCCAGCCAAGGAGAACAGCGAGAGCAACAGCGAGAGCAGUGAGAGUGGCAGUGACAGUGAGAGCAGCACAAGCAGCCACACCAGCUCACCUGCACCAGGGGAAAUGGCACUGGUGCCUGAAGUGGAGCUCAAGGAGGAUGAGAACUUAGAUGUGGAUAUUGAGACAGUGGACCCCCUGAGUGAGGGCUUGCUGCCCCGGCCACACAUGCUGGACCAUGGAGUGGCCCCACCACACAUGGGGCAGCCACAGCACAACAUCCAAGGUUACAACCAGAUGAGUGGGAUGGGGCACUAUGGGGCCCCCCCAGGGGGACCCUAUGGGCCCUACUGUGUGCAGGUGCCUCAGUAUGGGCCGCGUGCAGAUGGCACACAUACUGGCUCUGUGUGGUUAGACCCCUCAGCCCAGCAGCCUCAUCCCCUUCACCCUCACCAUCCACAACAGCAGCAGCAAAAUCCUCAGCACCUGCAGCAGCAGCAGCACCUCUUACACCAUACUCCUCAACAGGAGCAGGAGGAAGAUUUUACACCAAGGGUACAGCGUGAAAAGCAGCCAGUUCCAAAUGACUUGCACAAAAAGACACACCAGAAGUUCUUCCGAGAUCAAGGUCGGCCAUACAUUUCCCGUGCGACUGGGAAGGAGAUACGAGGCCGUGCAAUGGGUCCUCCAUGUAACUGUAAAAAGAAAUGCUGGUCGAAAAUUGAACAUGGGGCUGAAGAAAUUUUCUCAGCCUUCUGGGACAUGGGCAACUUUGACGAACAAAAUGUGUACCUUUAUGGUAAUAUUUCAAUUAAGCCAGUGAGUCGGCAUUAUGUAAAGGGGUCAAACAGACGAACCUACACUUUUACCUACUGGUGCAAAAUAAGAGGGAAACAUGUGGAAGUGUGCAAGGAAAUGUUCAUGGGUGUUCAUGGCCUCCAGAACAGCAGAGGAAGAAUCGGAAACCUCAUGAAGCAGAUGAAAGACGGAAACCUGCUCCCGAAACCAGACCAGCGUGGCAAGCAUGCAAACCGCCCAAACAAGUACACAGAGCAAAGUCUGCAAGGAGCCAGACAGCACAUUGAAAUGUACAUCAAUCGUAAUAUGACAUUAAAAAAAAUGUACAGAGAUUUUUAUGUGCCGUGGUGUGACGAACACAAAUUAGUACCUGUCAGCGAAGACAAAUAUCGGCGAAUUUAUUCAGAAGAGUAUAAAGUCUCCUAAUGUUUUCAUUUUUAUAGUAUAAUCAAAAAGAGUGAGCAGGUACAACUAAUCAUUCAGUCACCAUUAUGUUUGAAAGUUGAGUAGAACUUGACUUUGAAAUUAACCAUUUUGCAUGUCUGCCAAGUUCUCAGACUGUGAGUUUGAGAAUUAUCAUUUCAUUUUUAGUUUUCUAAAGAAUAACCCCUACUCAGAUUUUUGUCAGUGAAAAUUAAUUUUAUUAGAACUUUAUUGUCAGAGGAAGAUAUUUUAUACAAAGGAUGAAGGGGUGAGUUCGUCGUAAUCGUUAUCAUUAUCAUUAUGAAUUCAUGAACAAAUCACAUCUAAAUCAUAUUCCACUGAGUGCAUUAAAGUGUAAUUUUGCCUCAUUAAAAUUCACCCAUUACAUUCCACUACAAUAACAGUCCUUUUACAGUAUGGUGUUUAAAUUUAGAACUUUUCCAGUGUAUGAAAUAUCCAUAAAAUGGGUAAAGAAA